AUGGUACCUAAGACUGGUGUUUCUGACAGACAGGAGAACAAGUUGACGCAAUAUUUCGAUGAUAUACUUCGACUUUCAGCUGAUUUGUUAACUCAACAGCAAUUGAAAACUAUUAAACUAGAUCCCAAGGUGACGACAGGGUUUUCAAAGGCUCAGCAGAAAGGACUAGGUGAUAGAAUAACGCAGUUUUACUCGCUUCUUGAUACUUUAGACGUUUCAUUACAAACAACGGCGGAUUACGUUGGGGCAGUGAAAGAUAGCGCAUUGCAGUUGAAGAAACAGAGAGAGGAAGAACAGAUCAAGAAACAAGAACAAGAAAAGUUAGAGAGACAGUUAUUGGAACAGCAGAAAUUAGAACAGCAGCAAUUAGAGCAAAAACAAUUGAAACAGAAACAGCAACAACAGCAGCAACAACAACAGCAACAGCAACAGCAACAGCCACAGGAACAACAACAUGAACAGCAGCAGAGAUACUCCGCUAAGAACACCCCAAUAGACAUGCUAACAAACUUUGAUACUGAUCUACCGUCUGCUGGAAUUACUCAAGCCCAGUCUUUCAACUCCGAGUUUGGUGAUUUAAACGGCAUGGAUCUUUCUAUGUUUGACUCAAUGGAUAACCAGGUAGGUUUUGGCGGGUUACAAAACACAUCUGGUGGAAACGAGAAAAAGAAUGAUCCUCAAAUAAAUUUCAAUGAUACAAAUGCACCACCUUCUGCAGUAAACGUUCCUGAAAAUGGCAAUCCAAGUAGUUAUCUAACGUUGAACGAUUUCAACGACCUCGGCAUUGAUUGGAAUGCGGCUAACGACAAUAAUGAAUUGAAUUUGGAAGAUUUUAACAUAUGA